CUUGAAUAGUGUUGACUGCUCGAUUCUAGUCCAAUGUCCGUCCGCUCUUUUACCGUUUUCCAGGACACACCUACCGAGAUAGAGGUCACGAAAAAUGAAUCUCCAUGCGACAACGAUAAUAACUCACCAGCCAUUUCCGCGGCGGCGGCAGCAGCCUCUGUACUUUCUACGUUAGCAGCAAUUGAGAAAGAAAAUCUGCAUCCAGUCACUGGGGAGCGCGCAGGGCCAGGCCCGACUUGCAAAAAGCGUAAAACGGGAGUCCUUGUAGCGAAAGUCGAUGUCUUUUCGUCAACGUCGAAAAAGCAGAAGGAAGCGAAACCUGAGACGAAAAAGCGGAAAUCGUCGAUUAGUUCUUCGAAGGGAAAGAGUGGCGGGAAGAAGGAUGGUACUGGCAAACCCAUGUCUCGCUCUACGCGACGGGUGUCGCCUCUGCCUAAGGUUGAAGAAGAGAUAGAGGCGCAGAAAGAACAGGAACGCAUCUCUCAAGCCAACGUCGAGUCUAAAUGUUACGAGCUGACCGUCUUGCCACUAGCAGACGUGUCGCAGGCAUAUGAAACCAGUCCGCUGCUAGAGCCCAAGCAACAGAAAAGCGUAAUAGAAAAGGAGAGUUCUGUCGAACCUGAAUUCGAUGAUUGCUUCUCUUCUCCACAUCUGCAAACGUCGCUCCCUUCCGAUCGUCGUACGACGGUCGCAUGUGGCUUGAACAGCUCGUCUUUCUCUACUCCGGAGCGUAAACGCAUUUAUGCGGCCUUCACCUUCUCGUCCCCAUCACCCGCUUCAGAACGAUUCAACAAAACUCAUUCGCCUGUCAAAUGUGCUGCAUAAUCACAGAAUGAUAUAGACAUACCUCGUGUCACCUGAUUACCUCCACCGUUCGCAUGCUGGCAACCCCAACACAUCCUGCGCAUUCCUUUCAUGCAUUGUCGCCACCUCAUCUACAUUCAGCUGGUCCCCUGCAUAUCACCUUUUCUUGUUUAUAGUAUAAAUAUCUAUUCCGUCUCUCAUCUUACCCUGCGCUUGCAUAUGGUUCCAUAUUCUCGCUUGUCAUGACUUGGGUUUACUCGCUUUGAUCUGUUUGUCGUUUUGUGAUCUUAGCACUCGACUGCGUACUGUUGGACUUUCCAAGCAUAUGUGUAUCACUACUCACCACGCAUUAAUCCAAAUACUGCCGUUUAUAU